AUGUCUGAGGAACUCACAGGAUUUAAUUAUGAGAACUCUGAGGAGGCAGUUUGUGCGGCGUCCUCCAACUCCAGCUGUGUCCUCAACUCCACCAACCGCUCGCACGGAGACUUCUCCCACCUGUCGGACUUUGGCAGAGCGGAGUUUGUGGGCGACGGCGCCGCCGCGCUCCGGAUUAUCAUCUCCGUCAUUUAUUCCCUGGUUUGCGCGCUGGGUCUGGUGGGGAACCUCCUGGUCCUGUACCUGAUGAAGACCAAGCAGGCGUGGAAGAAGUCGUCCAUCAACCUGUUCGUGACCAGCCUGGCGGUGACGGACUUCCAGUUCGUGCUGACUCUGCCCUUCUGGGCGGUGGAGAACGCGCUGGACUUCACGUGGCUGUUCGGCAGAGCCAUGUGUAAGAUCGUCGCCUACGUGACGGCCAUGAACAUGUACGCCAGCGUGUUCUUCCUGACCGCCAUGAGCGUGGCUCGUUACUGGUCCCUGUCCUCCGCGCUGAAAGGCAGGCGGAGGCGCGCGCGCUGCUGCUCCGCGCGCUGCAUCACCGUCUUCAUCUGGUGCGCGGCAGUGUCCGCCGCGCUGCCGCACGCGGUCUUCACCACCACGGCCACCGUCUCCGACGAGGACCUGUGCCUCGUCAAGUUCCCCGAGGCCAACGGGACGGCGCAGUUCUGGCUCGGCCUGUACCACUCCCAGAAGGUGCUGCUGGGCUUCGUGCUGCCGCUGGCCGUCAUCUCGGUCUGCUACCUGCUGCUGCUGCGCUUCAUCACCGCCAGGAACAGCAACACGUCCAGCGCCAAGAGGCGCGCCAAAGUCACCAAGUCCGUCACCAUCGUGGUCCUGUCGUUCUUCCUGUGCUGGCUGCCGAACCAGGCGCUCACGGCCUGGGGCAUCCUCAUCAAGCUCAACGCGGUCCACUUCAGCUACGAGUACUACACCAUGCAGGUGUACGUGUUCCCGGUGUCCGUGUGCCUGGCGCACUCCAACAGCUGCCUGAACCCGGUGCUGUACUGCCUGAUGCGGCGGGAGUUCCGGAAGGCGCUGAAGAAGCUCUUCUGGAGGAUCGCCUCGCCCAACCUGACCACCAUCCGGCCGAUCACCGCCUCCACCAAGCCGGAGGUGGAGCAGCAGGACCAGGUCCUGCUGCCCGUCCGCGCGCCCGCGGAGCCCGCGGUGGUGUUUUAUCCUCCCGGAGCGGCGGUGUACGGCGACCGGACGGAUGUGCCGCAGAACAGCAGCUGGAGCGAAGCGCCACGAGACGGUUUUUAA